AUGGCCGACUUUGGACCGCGUGCCCCUCAUGGGCCUGAUAUGACCGGCACUCACAAUCCGCUGGAGAACAUGGAUAUCCACGAGAAGGGGGCAUUCGACCAGCUGAUUCGCCCCGACGACAGCUAUAACCCCGAGGGCGUCUACUGGGCCGAUCUUCCCAUUGCCCAGAAGGUCAAGUUCGUCAGCUCCUACGACGCGGGCGAGGCCAAGCGUGAACUUGGUGCCAUCUGGUCCAUGAUGAAGGAGGACCCUCUUUCGCCUGUUUCAUACUACUUCCGCAACAUGGUUUUGCCCGGUGCCGGUCUCGGGCUUGAGGGUUACGUGCUCUUCUCCAUUGGUAACAUCAAACCUCUGUUCCAGAAGUCCUUCCCUUCGUGCUGGAAGACCCACAAGAUCUGCGAUGAGCAGUGGACGAAUGCGGUGGAUUAUCUCGAGAUCAUUGGUAUCAUCUGCGGUCAGAUUCUGGUCGGUGUGAUUGGUGACUGGAUCGGUCGUCGUUGGGGUCUGAUUCAGGAUGCGACCAUCAUGUUUAUUGGUUUGAUCAUGUUGACUGCUGCUUGGGGUGUUACCCAGAAUGGCUGGGUGAUUUGCUACGCAUGGUCGCUGUUCUUCUACAGUGUUGGUGUUGGUACGUUCUUUUUUUUUCCAGAAUACUCUCCCGAGUGGCAACUAACCGUGCAAUCAGGUGGCGAGUACCCUAUGACAGCGACCAGCGGUAUGGAGAACGCCGUCGGCGCGGGCAAGAUUUCGACCAAGGAAGAUCGCCUCCACCGUGGCCGCAAGGUUACCUCCGCCUUCUUGAUGCAGGGUUGGGGCCAGUUUGCCAACCAGGUCAUCCUGAUCAUCCUCCUGCUCUGCUUCCACCACGGUAGCGGCAACCCUCCCUACUCCGCCGUGGCCACUCAGUGGACUUACCGUAUUUCCUUCGCCAUUCCCGCCGUCGGAACCCUGUGGCUCGUCUACUACCGUGCCUACCAUAUGAAGGCGGCUAGCAAGCAGCUUACCGCGGCUAAGAAGAAGGCCUCCGUGACCGGUUAUGAUGUGGACUCUCUGCGCCUCACCUUCAAGUACUUCGGCUCUCGCCUUCUGGCCACCGCUGGCAGCUGGUUCGCCAACGAUGUCUUCUUCUACGGAAACAAGCUCUUCCAAAGCGAGUUCAUCGCCGUGAUUAGUCCUGCGACCACCUCGGUGAUGCCCACCUGGCUGUGGAACUUGGUCAACGUCGGCGUCUCUCUGGUCGGCUAUUACUUGGCUUCGUUUCUCAUCGAUAACAAGCUGUACGGCCGCAAGUGGAUGCAAAUGUUAGGUUUCCUAAUGUGCUUCGUUCUCUUCGUCGUCCCUGCGUUCCAUUACGAGUACUACACCACUCCCGAGCACAUCAAGGAAUUCCAGGCCAUGUACUUCCUGAGUUCCUUCUUCAAUCAGUUUGGUCCCAAUUGUGUCACUUUCCUGGUUGCGGCUGAGGUCUUCCCCACCCCCAUCCGUGCUACUGCUCACGGUCUCUCUGCUGCGGCCGGAAAGGCCGGUGCUCUCCUGGCCUCGGUCCUGUACAACUACAUCGACACCCAAACCAAGUUCUACGUCGUUCCCUGGUUCGGUCUGGCCGGUAUGGUUCUGACUUUGGUUUUUCUGCCCGACACCACUGGCCUUGAUCUCAAGGAGCAGGAACGUCGCUGGCAAUACCUGCGCGAGGGCCGCGAGGCGGAAUACCACGGCGCCGCUGUGCACCCCGCUCACCUGUCUUUGUAUGAGCGCUUCGUCCUCCGCAAGAGCCGUUACUACGACGCCGAGAAGGAUUACCAGCAGAAGGUCGAAGAAUACCGCCUGGAGUGGGAAGCCGCUAUGGCCCAGAAACUCCAGGAACAGGACAAGGAGGAUGCCUUCGACACUGAUGACUCCUUGCUCGAGGGUCAUGUCCACACCUACUUCCACCGCACCAGCCCUAUGUUCAAGGGUCAGGAGAAGCUCGGUGGAAAGCAGGACAACUUCACAUUGCCCCCCUCCUGCCGAGGGUGGUUCUCAAGGGUCCUCCUUGAAUGA